AUGCGAAAACUCGGCGAAAAAAGAGUGACAAGAAUCCAGGCCGCUCAAGUUGCAUUGCUCCCCCAGCCGCAAACCCGAGCAGAAGUAUCACCGGUGACUGACCUCGAGCCCGGUCCACAACCUCUCCAUCUAGGACCCGCACCUGGAAAGAGGUCCAUCACUUCCUCAACUUCGGAGCACACCGGCAAGAAAACUCGAUUGAUGCCACAAAGCUCGCCUCGCCAGGAGACUAUGCAGUGGCAGAGCAUUAUCGGUUCGGGCCUGACAGUCCGAGACGAAUCUCCUUGGGGUACUUUCAGAAAAUACUACGAUUGUGACUUAGCUGGCCCAGUCGCGGUAUGUGUUAGAUCAUCUGGAGACCGCGGCAUCUGGGCGGUGCGCCAUGUUUCCGCACUCCGGAACUUCUGUACACACUGGGGGGAUUUCGACCCUCUCGUUCUGGAUCAUAUCGUCGCUUGUAAGGCCUUCCCAGACGAGCAGGAGCUGGCAGCCAUAAUGUCUCAGCUCGUUGACGGGCUGUUAUAUCUCGUGGCGAACAACUUCCAUCACACAUCUCUGGACUGUUCUAGCGUCAUUGUGAAUCUCAAUGGGCAGGUCAAAAUCGCACGGAUCGAUUGCUGUGUGUUCCGGCAAAGAGGCAGAGUCGAUGCCAGUGACCUGGUACCAGUCUCGAAAAUUAUGAUGGAAUUGAUGCAAAAAUAUAUCAAAGAAGAUGGGGCUGUAGGCAUCGAUAAUCUCGACCGCUGGAGAACCUGCCCGGCUGCGAUCGAAUUUCUCUGCGCCACAACCUCGGCAGGCUCUUUUGAGGAACUGAAAGAGCAACGACUGUUGACGGAAAUCUCAUGCUGCCCAGGGAAUCUCAUCGGAAUUGCGUGGUUCGCGUUGAUCUCUGCUCGCACAUUCUACUCGUACACGCCAAGGCCCAUGAAGAAAGAUUAA